ACCAAAACUUAGCCACCCAAUCAACCUAAUGGAACAAAAGAGAGAGAGUCAUGUUCACUCUCCUUUUUGCAUCAUCAUCUUCACCGACAUCUACUCUUCUCACUUCUCUCUCCAAAAAACUCUAUUUCAAAAAUCCAAUCUUUACAAGAACUUUUUCCUGUUUCACCUCCACAAGAACCAGCAUGGCCAUAAAUCUGCAAACCCAUGCCUUUGCGGGCAACCCUUUACUUUCCAAAACCCUUAAACCUACUGAUCCUCUCUCACCAAAUUUAGCUUUGGAAUCCCUAAAGACUCAACUUUUAGACAGCAAUACACAUCAAUUAUCUUCUGUGCAUUUCAAGGUUUUGCCUUUUAGGAAGGGGAAGCCUCUUGCUUCCUCUUCUUCUGGUAGUGAUGAUGGAAAUGAUGAUUUAGUGCCAAAUUGGCAUCUGGGUUGGAUCAGUUUGUCUGAUUGUAGAACAUUGUUGGCUAAUUCUGGGGUUGAAUUGAGUGGAGAGAGUUUGGUUUAUCUGGGUUCUAAAUCUGAUGAGGAUGUGGUUUAUUGGGCAGUUGAUGUUUCUGGUGAGGGUAGUUUGGUUACUGUUUUUGGUAGCAAACAGUUUUGUUUUGUUGAGAUGAGGACUCUUAUGGUGGCUACUGAUUGGGCUAAUGAGAGUGCCAUGGGAGAUUUGUCUAUUGCCGGUCAUGCACGGGCAUUGUUAGAGUGGCAUAAGAUAUCAAAUUUUUGUGGGCACUGUGGAGGGAAAACUGUCCCCAUGGAAGCUGGGAGACGGAAGCAAUGCUCCAAUGAAGUGUGCAAAAAGAGAAUUUACCCUCGAGUUGAUCCGGUUGUGAUUAUGUUGGUUAUUGAUAAAGAAAAUGACCGUGUAUUAUUAAGCAGACAAUCCAGAUAUGUACCGCGAAUGUGGAGUUGCUUAGCUGGUUUCAUAGAGCCAGGAGAAAGCUUAGAAGAGGCUGUAAGGAGAGAAACAUGGGAAGAGACCGGUAUUGAAGUUGGAGAAGUUGUCUACCAUAGUUCUCAGCCGUGGCCAGUUGGGCCAAGUAGCAUGCCAUGCCAGUUGAUGGUGGGUUUCUAUGCCUAUGCAAAAUCACUGGAAAUAAAUGUAGACAAGGCAGAGUUGGAAGAUGCUAAAUGGCAUAGCAGAGAAGAUGUCCAGAAAGCACUGACGUAUGCAGAAUACGAGAAGGCACAAAGAACAGCAGCUGCCAAGGUUGAUCAGAUGUGCAAGGGCGUCGAGAAAGGACAGAAUUUGUCAGCGGAUUUUAAUGUAGAAAGUGGAGAACUUGCACCAAUGUUUUUUCCUGGCCCUUUUGCAAUUGCUCAUCACUUAAUCUCUUCUUGGGUUAAUCAUUCUUCAACAAUUGGGGUGGAACUUGAUUCAAAACGAUCCACUGGUUCUAUGUCCAAUUUGUAGCAGUCUUCACAUUUCAAGUAAGUGCUAAUCUGCUAUUAAUGGUCGUCAGCAAUGGAAAUUCCCCUUUUCUUUAUUUGGAGAUUUUUGCAUUUGAUAAUCUUCGGUAACUUGGAAAUGUGGGACAAUUUGAUGAUGAGUCUAUAUGACAGAGUGAAGAGCCAACUUUGGGAAUCUUAGAAGGACCAGUGAGUCAGAGCGUAACUUUCUUGUAAUAAACAUUGUUUGGUCAUUUUCCGUUUCAGCAUUUUUUGUUUAAACGGGUCGGAUUUUAUACUAUAUAUAUCUAUACAUAUAUGCCUUGUUGAUAUGAUGAACAAGAUCAUUCUGGCAAAGGAUACGAUGAGCUCAUGCUGCUUGAUUGAUUAUUUAAAUAAAUUACUGUUUAAUUAUUGAAA